CUCAUUUUCUGAGGGUGCCCCCAUGUGAGUAGGCGUGUGGGGAUAGUAUGUGUUGAUUGGCCUGGUUGCCUGUCAGUCUGGUUGGUAGUCUGUCUGUCUAUCUGUCUGUCAGUCCGCAUGUCUGUCCACUGCAUUCGCGUGUGCUGCUCAUGAGCAUUGUUUGUCCAUUUGGGUGUCUGUAGCUCGUUAUCAUUGCAUUGCGAUCGACUGUUCAUGUUUGUCCGUGCCGUGGACCAACACGUGUGUGGCCCUCGGCGCAUCGUUACACAUCAAGCAAUCAAUCACAUUCAGGCGGCCUGCCCGGACAGCUCAGCAACAAGGCCCUUGAGGACAACGAGAUCAAGCGUCACAUCACCGACAUGAUUAUCGACUAUCGCCAUGAGCCGAGGGAGGGCGAGGAGAAGCGAGUUACCUGGCGGGACAUGAUCGGAAACGCCAGCGUCAAACGAAAGUGAGUCGGGAUGAAACGGUGCAUCAAUAACACAGUAGAUUCGUUGGCGCCUUUGUGUGUGCAAUGCAGCCUUCUGCAGCUGUUCUUAUGGCCGGCCAAGUAUCCAGCCGAGUUCACGGGGCUGCUGGCCCCACAAGAGGGCCUUUUGCCUUUCGGCCCACCCCGCAACGGCAAAACGAUGGCAGCGAAGGCAGUGGCCUCCAAGGUAAAUGAGCUGCCGCGAUUUGCUUUUAUUGUGUACUGCUUGUUGUCUCUUCCAUACAGUGCAAGGCCACUUUCUUCAACGUGGACGCCGCCUCCUUCGGCUCCAAGUGGUAAUGCCUGCAAUCACACUCCUGUUGUGUUGGUCAUUGUGUCCUUUCUGUGCUGCUGCUGCUGCUGUUUGUGCAUUUAGGUUUGGCGAUAGUGAGAAGAUGGUCAAGGCGCUGUUCGAGGUGGCCAGAGAGCGUGCUCCGUCCAUCAUCUUCAUGGAUGAGGUCGACGGGAUCAUGCCAGCGAGCGGCGCUGACCUAGGAUUUGGCUCUCAAGCCCUCAAGUAGGCAUUGUGUGUGCCUUCGCACACUCACCCUCACCGAUCUCCUUGUCUCUGUACCAUUGUAUGCAGCCGCAUCAAGGCUGAGCUUCUGGUCCAGCUGGACGGCCUGCCCACCACUGCUGAUCGCGUGCAAGUCAUCGGUGCCACCAACAGGCCAUGGGACAUCGACGUCGCGUUGCUGAAUCGGCUGCCGAUCCGAACCUAUGUGCCUCUGCCUGAUCAAGAGGGACGUGCGGCGCUGUUCCGGAAGCUGCUGGGCACCAACACCAGGGGCCACACGUUGACCGACGACGAUUUCGACCACGUGAGCACGGCGGAAGGAUAUGAAUGAUAGUGUCGAUACGCAAUUGUAUGGCUAUGUUUGAUGCAGGUGGCGAUAAAGACGGAGGGCUACUCGUACCGUGACCUGACAAAACUCUGCCGAGAAGCGGCAUACGUGUCCGUUCGUGAGGCCCUCAUGACUGACGACGUCGACGAGUGCCUGGAGGACGAAAGCGAGGCGGUCAUGGCGCUGCGGAGCCGACGAUCACUGCAAGUCAACAAAGUCCUCACGGCAGCGCAGAAGAUCAAGCCUACCACACACCCGCAGCUGAUCGCAAGACUUGAGGACUGGAAGAACGAGUACGCCGAGCAGACAUAGGGUCGGGCAGAUAAGAGCACAGAGAAAGGGCCGGGGCAGACAGCUGCGUGGUUGGGUGGUUGGGUUUUUGGGGGGCUGAAUAGCUGACCACACGGUGAUUGUGCUGCAGUGUGCGGGUCACGCACUUUUGGUCUGUACGGCGGGAAGCAAGGCCGACAGAGGGCUGGCCUGGCCCCUCACUCAGUCUCUCUCUGUGCUGCGUGAUGCGGCGCUUUCUCUUCUGCAUCUGCUGUCGUGUCGAGCAGUGUCUGUCUUCCUUUCUGUGAUGCAUGCAUACGUAUGCAUCACAGACCGUUGUUUCAAGGCACCAUCGGUGCGGCGGGCAGACAGGAAAGCUCCAUGGCUAGGCAGCACAGCUGCCCAAGCCUGGCAUGCCUAGCCUCUGUGUUUCUGCGCGUGGAUGGAGAGGAGACCGCUUGUAAGACUGACUGAGGCAUUCAUUCGUCGCGUCUGACUUGAUAUUUGGAUGGCUGGGUGGGUAUGUGGAUUGCUAAGACCGAAACCCUCCCUCCAGUGUGCGUGCAGUUGUGUGUGUUGUGUUGCCAACGCCCGAGACGCACGCACCAGAGAGCCGCCCAGCCUUCCGUUGCUCUCUUCUAUUGAUUACACGUCCAUCUCUUGUUGGUCACCAGAUGCGUGUGCGUAUGCUGAGGCUGCGACGUAGGCUGCGAUGUUGAUGUGCCGUGCCUCUGUCUCGUCUCGUCUCGUCUGUCGAUUGGUGUUUUGGAUGAAUGGAUGGAUGGAUGGAUGAGUCGAGUCACAGAUUGGCGAGCAGAUAAGAGCACAGAGAAAGGGCCGGGGCAGACAGCUGCGUUGGGGGCUGAAUGGCUGACCACACGGUGAUUGUGCUGCAGUGUGCGGGUCAUGCACUUUUGGUCUGUACGUCUGAUGAGAGUGCAAACGCAUUUCCUUUUACACGUGAGAGUUGUCUGGACAUGCAUGCAAUCACGGAAAAGCGGCUGACCCAUGCUGAGAGACAUCAUCAGUCACAAAAAAGGGCCUCAAAAUGCAUGAGAAAGCCAGGCAGCUGCCUUGUACCCAAGUAUCCCAUUUCCUUUCGCCGCAGCAAUCGCAGCCCUCCCUCCAUGCUGCUGUACUCGUAGUGGCUGCCCUGAGCUUGCUUGUUUGCUAUCUGACCCCACACACCCUGAGAAAAAG